CAUGUCGACUUGAUUGUUUCACAGUUCGGUAAGCAAAGACCCCUCAUUAACUGAAUUUGGUUGAUUGCUUAUCACUGAUUCACGGGUUGUUCCUCUUUGGUGUCACUCCAAAUAUUUCUUUGAACAACAUCAUCCCUGACCUCGAUUGUCCUCCCUCUUGGACAGCUCUCUUUCGUCCAGACCUCCUCCAGCUUGCGGCGCGCAUUGAGGUCAAAUCGUUAUUCCCAUGCGCCAAUGACUUUACAGACAAACGACCGGUGUACAUCUUAGUUCUUCCUCCUUAUACAAGCUCCUGUCUGGUUCAAGCUUCACAACCUCCAACAUGGGCAACUUGCUCAUCCUCUUGGCCCUCUGUGUGGUCAUGGCCUUGGCUUCCUUCUUCGCCGGCGCACUCCCCCUAUCCCUGAGCCUAUCGCAAUCCCAGCUACGAUUAAUAUCCAGUAUCGGUGUUGGAAUUCUUGUCGGCACAUCCCUUAUCGUCAUUAUCCCCGAAGGCAUUGAAGCGGUCGCGACAACCAAUACCGUCCAGCCGGCGCAUUCGCACAAUGCUGCUGCUGCGAGGCGCAGUCUCAUGGGGGUCGGAGGGAGAUCCCCGUCACAGACAGUCAACUGGCACAUCUCAGGAAACCAUCUGGAAGCCAGGAACGGCAAUGGCGACGAGAUUCCCCAUAUCAAAACACAUAAGGUCGUAACCGCCGAGCAAAUCCUCAAGAACCUCCGCAAGAAGAGGGAUGAAGAACCAAAGGAAGACACAAAGUCCAGCUUCCAAAAGUCCACCAACCCCACCACCGAAAAGCAUGAUGACGAUAACGACCACCACGAGAACGCCCUUCCGACAUUCCAGAUCGGUCUCUCCCUGACCCUCGGCUUCGCCCUCAUGUUCCUCAUCGACCGCCUCCCCCAACACGCCUUCUCUUCGUCCUCCUCCUCGACCCCGCAGACUCGACACAUCUCUCUCGACAACCUCGAGACCUCCUCCAUUUCCGAGUCUGUCCUCGAGGGACGUGAUGGAUCCUCCGAAACCGACGGCUUCCUGUCUUCCUUCCUCAGCCCCUCACCGAAACAAGCUCGCACGCUCGCAACGACGGUGGGACUGGUCAUCCACGCCGCGGCCGACGGCAUUGCGAUGGGGGCCAGCGCCACGACGGAGGAUAUGCGCCUGGGUUUCAUCAUCUUCGUGGCUAUCAUGGUGCACAAAGCCCCGGCGGCUUUUGGGUUGACGUCGGUUUUGCUGAGGCAGGGGCUAUCGAAGCGGGCAGCGAGGGGGCACUUGAUCGUGUUUAGCGCGGCGGCGCCUGUGGGAGCGUUGGUGACGUAUUGUAUUGUUGAGCUGUUCCUAGGUGGGAGUGGUGGAAAGGUGGCCACGGAAGGUAGCGGAGGUGAACAGUGGUGGACGGGCAUGUUGUUGUUGUUCUCUGCGGGGACGUUCUUGUAUGUGGCCAUGCACGCCAUGCAAGAAGAUAGCAACUCCCACGAUCAUCACUCAAGCAGCAACGGAUACGCAGAUGGAAGCAGUUCGCAACAGAGGAGGCAGCCAAAGCCGCUGAGGGACACCAUGUUUACUGUCUUGGGGAUGCUAUUACCGCUUCUCACGCAGUUUGGACAUCAUCAUCAUUGAGCAUGAUAUCAUCCAUCAAAAGUUUGGUGUUUUAUAGUUAUACUUUAUACUUUGUUUGGGUAUGAAAAAGCGAACCAUUUGUCUAUUCACGUUCACAAACAAGCGACGCCCUGAUUAUAUACCUUAUUUGACUAGGGGACUGUUAUCUACGGCUGUGUAUAACGGAGGCUUGUGAGGUCCGUUGAUUGUGCUUGCCAAUUUGUUGUGAUGCUUGUGGCCGGAUUGAAAGAGAAUCACAGUUGAUCAAGCAGCUUGGGGAUGGAAACCAUAUGCUGACAACCCAAGGAGAGCGUGAGAAGGGGGUAUUAAUAAGGGGAAGGACUAGGCACCACACUACACACUACACACUACACACUACACACUACACACUACACACU